GAGGAUCCAUUUCCUUGUUGAAUUUACGCGGUUGGCUUGCUUGCCUGCACGAUAAAGAUUCGCUAAUGGUGGCCCCGAGAGGACGCGUGGCGUUAUCUAAUUGGACCGGUAUAUCUGUUACGCCGCAAUACUCCAAACGUGACGAAGGAGGACUUCCGAUGUGCAGGCGAAACUACAAAAAUAAAGCUACAAUCUAGGACUAGGAGUACUAUUACUCACAAACACAAAGUAGGGGGGAGCGUGCGAUUUUUGCCAUUAGCCAUUAACCACCAGUCUAUAAAACCUGGCAAAAGGGAAUCCGACGUAGUAGUACUUUCAGAAGGGACAAGAGAGAGAGAGAGAGAGAGAGAGAUAGAGGUGGAGGUGGUGGUCGGGAUCCGGCGAAACUCGUCGGAUUUCGUCCAUUUUGCUGUUGCUUUUUCCCUGAGGGAGUAUCGAAUAGAUCCAGACUAGGCUAACCGGACGGCGGAGAUAUGAAGGGCUCCUGCACUCUCGUUGCGUCGGCGCUCGCUGCAUCCACCGUGGCGCUCGCAUCCUCCUCCACCGCUUGCCACCAUCAUCACGCUUCCAACCCUUCUCCUCCUAAGAGUUGGAUUUCUUCUUCUUCCUUGUCGUCACCAUCAUCGGUGCAAAGUGAUGUUACCGGUUUACACACGUCAUCAUCAAACAAAGAGAAAUUCGCGCCAAGAUUCGACGGUUUGAGGUUCAUUGAAACGUUGGUGACAGCCCACCGGUGAGGAGGGAAACACCGCACAGAGCAUUUGAUUGGUGGUUAUUGAUUUGCGUCAUUUUCGCGGCCCGGGUCUUAAUCAAUGGGCACGAGGGUCACGUUUUCUUUUUCCUUCUAGCUUCUGUCAAAAACCCGUACUGGUUCUUGGAUCGUCAAUUUCAAGCACUCUUUAUUUAUUUGUGGUUGUAAUUCAAUGAGAGAGCCCCCACAAUAGUGGUGGAAGGGAGUGUAUUUGACCAAUUCAUAUUCUUGGUUACCCAGUUCUACUUCUCAUUA